GACGCACUGUAAUGGGCUAUCUGCAGGGGAGAAUCUGGAAGGCGGGGGAGAAUCUGGAAAUCGGUGAAUUGAGCCGAAUCUGGAAGUCCGUGGAUUGAGCUGAAACAACUCUGGGUUUCUUUUAUUAUUUUUUUUAAGAGAUUUUGCUCUAAUUGUCAUGAUGACCGACUUGCUGUCCGUGGUGUCGGAGGCGGAGAGGAAGUCCUUUCCAACCCUCUCUCAGCUCUCAGAAAACGACGUUGACAGCAUUUGGUCGAACGUGUCAUCUUUCGUGGAGCGACAGAUGACCUUGCAAAAGGGGGUCUACAUUGCAGGCCUGGGAUCCUUCACCUUCUCUCAGCAGAAGCUGGACGUAGGCAACAAGUUUGUUUUGAUCCAGCGACCCAUCUUCCUGCUCUCUGAGAAGCUGUCCCAGUCACACGGCCUCAAGCAGGUCAAACCGCUGUCUGCAGCAGGGGAUGUGCCACUAGUCCAGCUCAACUUCACAGCCCUGUCUGUGGAGAGCCCGUUUGAGCGUCACGUGGUGGAGGGCUGUGUGAGAGAGACUCUGCUGGUGUUGCUGAGAGCCGUGGCCGCCGGACGCUCAGUCCUCUUCACCUUCCACGCCAUCGGAGAGCUGUUGUUCUGCCAGAGCAAAGUCAAGAUGAAGUUCUACCACGACUUUGUCACCGCCUUGGACGGCAGCGGGAAGCUGCUCUUGGCACUCUCCAAUAGACCUGGCACCAGCAACUCUGUCCUGUUUGAGAGAUCCAGCAUAACAGGGACCAGCAACACCAUCAUCCUCCCCAGGAUCUCUUCCGAACAGGGGGGGAAGGACUGGGGAGAGGAGGCCCUGGCCCAGGUCCAGACAGACUCAGACAGGAAGGAGAAGAAUAGAGAAUCCCUGGGGACUCCGCAGUCCAGAUCCAGACACACCCUGCACCCAGCCAAGGUCAACGGGAUCAGUCUCACUGAUGACCUGGAGCCUAGACCUCCAGCGGAGACCAAAACUGACAGGUCCACAGUGUCUAUCUUACCACUGGAGGGCGCUGCUCUGAAGGAGGGGAAGGUGAAGAGGGGGGACUCUCAUCUGGACAUGCCCUGUGUCAACCACAACAGGGCUGGACAGGAGUUGUGUUACCUGUGCAUGCAGCGGGCCCAGCGUAACAUCCCCCACUACCUGGCAGAGGAGAGGCUGACAGAACAGCAGGAGGAGGAGAGGGUGUUACAGUUCAACGAGCAGCGCAGAGACCAGUACUACCUACAGAGGGAGCAGGCGGACCGUCUGGAGAUACGUGAGAACAACCAGAAGGUGGCAGCGUUCAACCUGGCAGUGUCUGAAGCCAUGAAGGAGAAGAAGGUUGCUCGCUCCUCCCACUUCCAUGGUUCGUACAUCUUCAGGGGCCGUCCCCUCACCCCUCCCAGGGUCCAUAAGCAGCGCGGCUACAUGCGGGAUCUGCGGGCCCAGGCGGAGUGGAGGAAGGGCCAGGUCAGCCAGACUCAGCAGGACCAGGAGCUCAUCGACCUGCUACAACAGGUCCAGCUGGCACAGGAAAUCGCCUUGCAAAAGUCCCAGCAGCUCCACCUGAGACAGAAGAACACUAGCUGCUACAAGAAAGCCCUGGAUACACAGGUGGAGUACCAGGGCUCGGGCCUCCCAGCGCGCCUGCCCGACUCGGACGGCCCUGUGUUUGGCCAGCUGGACUGUACCCCUGCUGGGCUGUCAGAGCAGAGGCAGCGGGCGGAGAAGGUCUACCAGGAACAACUGACCACGGCUAAUAACAAGAGAAAAGAGCUGCUCCUUAACCGCAGCACCAAACAGAAGAACGAGAGAGAGAUGCUCAACAGGAACAGGAAGGAACUGAUAAACGACCACAUCAACCGCUUUGAGAAGCUGCAUAACCUGAGGGCCUCGUUGGAGGACACCUGGAGACGCAGCGCCGACCUGAAACGCCACCGAGACAGAGAGGAGAAGGAAUUCAUCAAGUCUGGGAGCAGUCUUCUGAUUGACCAGUGUGAGCAGUACCGCCGCUGUUACCAGUGCAAGAGGAAGACAGAGAACUGUGGAGAGACAAACAUCUGGAAAGAGUCUCACUACAUCCCUGGCUCUCGUCUCAUGGUGUAGACCGCUGAAACCUGGGCUCAGAGCAAGCGUAGCCAUGCCACUCCAUUUAGUAUGAUAUGUUACUUUACAUUAGAUUACAUUACAUUGGCUUACCAACGUAAUAGCGGUCGUACAAUAUAAUACGAAUUGUAGGACGUAUCCUACGUCUUGAUCGCACCAGUAUCGUUUAGUAUGAUAUAUCACGCUCAACUGCUUUAGUUUGAUAUAUCACGCUCAACUGCUUUAGUAUGAUAUAUCACACUCAACUGCUUUAGUGUGAUAUAUCACACUCAACUGCUUUAGUAUGAUAUAUCACACUCAACUGCUUUAGUGUGAUAUAUCACACUCAACUGCUUUAGUGUGAUAUAUCACACUCAACUGCUUCAGUAUGAUAUAUCACACUCAACUGCUUCAGUAUGAUAUAUCACACUCAACUGUUUUAGUUUGAUAUAUCACACUCAACUGCUUUAGUAUGAUAUAUCACACUCAACUGCUUUAGUGUGAUAUAUCACACUCAACUGCUUUAGUGUGAUAUAUCACACUCAACUGCUUCAGUAUGAUAUAUCACACUCAACUGCUUCAGUAUGAUAUAUCACACUCAACUGUUUUAGUUUGAUAUAUCACACUCAACUGCUUUAGUAUGAUAUAUCACACUCAACUGCUUUAGUGUGAUAUAUCAUACUCGACUGCUUUAGUAUGAUAUAUCACACUCAACUGCUUUAGUGUGAUAUAUCACACUCAACUGCUUUAGUAUGAUAUAUCACACUCAACUGCUUUAGUGUGAUAUAUCACACUCAACUGCUUUAGUUUGAUAUAUCACACUCAACUGCUUUAGUAUGAUAUAUCACACUCAACUGCUUUAGUUUGAUAUCACACUCAACUGCUUUAGUAUGAUAUAUCACACUCAACUGCUUUAGUGUGAUAUAUCACACUCAACUGCUUCAGUAUGAUAUAUCACACUCAACUGUUUUAGUUUGAUAUAUCACACUCAACUGCUUUAGUAUGAUAUAUCACACUCAACUGCUUUAGUAUGAUAUAUCACACUCAACUGCUUUAGUUUGAUAUCACACUCAACUGCUUUAGUAUGAUAUAUCACACUCAACUGCUUUAGUUUGAUAUCACACUCAACUGCUUUAGUAUGAUAUAUCACACUCAACUGCUUUAGUGUGAUAUAUCACACUCAACUGCUUCAGUAUGAUAUAUCACACUCAACUGUUUUAGUUUGAUAUAUCACACUCAACUGCUUUAGUAUGAUAUAUCACACUCAACUGCUUUAGUGUGAUAUAUCAUACUCGACUGCUUUAGUAUGAUAUAUCACACUCAACUGCUAUCACACUCAACUGCUUUAGUAUGAUAUAUCACACUCAACUGCUUUAGUGUGAUAUAUCAUACUCGACUGCUUUAGUGUGAUAUAUCACACUCAACUGCUUCAGUAUAAUAUAUCACACUCAACUGCUAUCACACUCAACUGCUUUAGUAUGAUAUAUCACACUCAACUGCUUUAGUAUGAUAUAUCACACUCAACUGCUUUAGUGUGAAAUGUCACACUCAACUGUUUCAGUAUGAUAUAUCACACUCAACUGCUUUAGUUUGAUAUAUCACACUCAACUGCUUUAGUGUGAUAUAUCACACUCAACUGCUUUAGUGUGAUAUAUCACACUCAACUGCUUUAGUGUGAUAUAUCACACUCAACUGCUUUAGUAUGAUAUAUCACACUCAACUGCUUUAGUGUGAUAUAUCACACUCAACUGCUUUAGUGUGAUAUAUCACACUCAACUGCUUUAGUGUGAUAUAUCACACUCA